AUGAAGAAAACUCAAGAUCGCCAGAAGAAGUACGCAGAUCGUAAAAGGCGAGAAGUGGAAUUUGAAGUUGGAGAAAUGGUAUACUUGAAAGUCGCACCACAAAAAGGGAAGGAUCGGUUUGGUAAAGUGGGAAAGCUCGCGGUAAGGUUCAUUGGACCAUACCGGAUUGAGAAGAGAGUUAGAGAGCAUGUACCUGAUCCUACUAUGAUUAUACCCGAGCCUAUCGAGGAAUUGGAAUCAAAUCUCACAUACCCCGAAGGACCGUUUGGAAUUGAAGAACGAAGAACACGGAAGUUAAAGAACAGGAGCAUUCCUCAAAUACAAGUAUUCUUGGGAAAUCAGAACCACAAGGUCACCACUUGGGAAGAUGAGGAUAGGAUUCGAGCCAAGUAUCCUCAACUGUUUGUCGAAGAAGAUGAAGCAUGGCCGUCAGAUCCCUAUGGAAUUUGGGACGAAUUCUAUUAG